GACUUCAUCUCGCUGUGUUCCUUCUCCUCCAGCCUUGUAUGGACUGUACUGCUCGCCUGCAGCCAUGGGGAAAAUGCUGUCCAAGAUCUUCGGCAAUAAGGAGAUGCGGAUUCUGAUGCUAGGACUGGACGCGGCCGGGAAGACCACCAUCCUUUACAAGCUGAAGCUGGGCCAGUCGGUCACCACCAUCCCCACCGUGGGCUUCAACGUAGAGACGGUGACCUACAAGAACGUCAAGUUCAACGUCUGGGACGUGGGGGGCCAGGACAAGAUCCGGCCCCUCUGGAGACACUACUACACGGGUACCCAGGGGCUCAUCUUCGUGGUGGACUGCGCCGAUCGCGACCGGAUCGACGAAGGCCGGCAGGAGCUGCACCGCAUCAUUAACGACCGGGAGAUGCGAGACGCCAUCAUCCUCAUCUUCGCCAACAAGCAGGACCUACCCGACGCCAUGAAGCCCCACGAAAUCCAGGAGAAACUGGGACUGACGCGCAUUAGGGACAGGAAUUGGUAUGUCCAGCCCUCGUGCGCGACGUCGGGGGAAGGACUCUGCGAAGGUCUGAUGUGGCUGACAUCCAAUUACAAAUCCUAAUCCCGGCUUUCUAUACCCACGCACGAGUCUCUAACCAGUGAAACCUUAUUCAACCCACCACCACCCUAUAGCCCCAUCCUCCCCCACUCAUCCGUUUGUGUCUCUCUCUCUCACUCUCUCAAAAUUGCCGGUGGGGUGGGACUGGAUCCCUGCUAUGGUACCUUGGCACCCACCCCCUAAAAUGGGGGGCCUAGGGUGUCAUGAAUGCUUUUUUGGGGGGGGGUGGCUCUUAGCCUUUUUUCCUCUUGUUUGAUUGUAAAUCCUGUAGAGUUUAUUAUUUAAUUAACUUGGGAAGCAGGGGAUGGGUGUAGACUCUCUCUCCUCCUCCCUCCCCCACCCCCAGCUGUGUUCACAGGGGCAGAUCAUCUGGUGCUACUGGUGUGCCCUCGACAGCAGCCCUUCUCACCUGUGGUUCAUGGAAUCCAUCCCUUUCCUUAUGUCCUGGCGGUUUGCAGAACCAACCAGGAGGUGGGGUGGGUGUUGGAGAUCUUAUACUAGGCACUUAAGAUAUUUGCAUUGGGGUGGCAGGUUUAUGGGGGUCCCCCAUCCAGCUUCCCAAUAACCCACGAUUAUAAGAGUGUCCUUGUCCGUUGGGAGUGACAGCUGCAUGUCCCAAUCAAACUAAAACUCGGUUGAUCCUUA